UUACUAAGGAGUGUCUGACCCCGCCUAUGGUCGGAAUCGCUGUGGGGACCUUGCUGUGUCUGUGAAGGAGCGGACAGGCGGUGUUUUAAACGGCUAAGGCUGCGGAAACCGUGUCUGACCUCAAGUCGGAAAGGGAGAAGAGUCUUGAGGGCCGAACUCUAGAGCCACCAGCCCAGAGCUGAUUUAUCCGGAACCCAGCAUGGGUUUCCUGACUGCCGUGACUCAAGGCCUGGUGCGGGGAGCGGACAGGAUGAGCAAGUGGACAAGCAAGCGGGGACCACGCACCUUCACUAAGAGUCGGGGUGCCAAGAAAACAGGCUUCUAUACAAACAGGAAGUUUUUGCAAAUAAAAGAAAUGGUUCCAGAAUUUGUGGUCCCGGACUUGACCGGCUUCAAGCUCAAGCCCUACGUUAAUUACCGAGCUCCUGCAGGCAUAGACACACCUCUGACCGCCAAAGCGCUCUUCCUGGAAACAGUUGCACCCGCUAUCGAAAAAGACUUUAAAGAAGGGACUUUUGAUGCUAACAACCUGGAGAAAUAUGGCUUUGAGCCCACACAGGAAGGCAAACUGUUCCAAUUGUAUCCUAAGAAUUUCCCACGCUAGAAGACCGUGACAGUGGCUAAGGUUUGUCUACAAAGUGGAAACAAUACUGACCAUGCCUUGGAUUCUGAGUGUCUCAAA